GUUGUUUUCAGCUCGGUUGAAUGUAUCCGGCAGAUUGUGAGUGCGUAAGUGUAGGAAAUAAUCCAGUGGUUGUUCAUAGGAACCCCGGACGGCCAUUGACAAAUAUUGCUGGGCACUUCUGGGAGGGGAUUAGCCAUGGCUUCACGAGCAGGACCGAGAGCUACAGGUACAGAUGGGAGUGACUUCCAGCACAGAGAAAGGGUGGCCUCUCACUAUCAAAUGAGUGUUGCCCUGAAGGGAGAGAUACGGAAGCUCAACUAUGCUCACAUAGUAGUCUGGGUUUUGGUAAUGGCACAGGUAGUGGUGAGCCAGCUUAAACUGGUAUCACACAACAUGGUAUCGGCCCCUUACCAAUGGGAGUACCCUUACCUCCUCAGUGUCAUCCCCACUGUGUUCAGUUUCAUGGCGUUGCCUAAAAACAACAUCAGCUACCUGGUGAUCUCCAUGAUCAGCGCCGGUCUCUUUUGCAUCGCUCCAAUCAUCUAUGGAGGCAUGGAGAUGUUCCCCGUGGCACAGCAAGCAUUCCGACAUGGAAAAGUCUACCGUUACAUCUUCGGCUUUUCUGCCGUGUCCGUCAUGUAUCUGGUGCUCGUUAUUGGGGUACAAGUACAUGCCUGGCAGAUUUAUUACAGCAAAAAACUGUUGGAUGCCUGGUUCACUUCUACGCAGGAAAAGAAAAAGAAAUAAAAAUGCCAUGUAUCAAAAGAAACUGUAUCAAAAUCCCAAUGGAUGUUGAAGCUCAGGUUUUGUUCCAUCAUAUAUAUAU